AUGUCACAAUUGGCGACCCCGUCUACUCGAAUCUUACUUCUAACAUUCAUUAAUCUUAUUGAUUCAAUACUUUUUAUAUUUCUUGACUAUGGCAAAUGCAGAAGAGAAAAAAGUACCGAUCGAAACAGUCGCUCAAGCAGUAUUCAAUCUCAACAAUCAACUGAAGCACAGCUACAAACCGAAAUACGUGCAGUAAGGGAAAUACUCGCAGAAAUCCGACACCAUUUAAUCCCACACAAUCCUGAAUCAUCACCUACUACAAAGAUCCAACAUCAUACUCCUUUAACCACAACUCUGAGUACACCAACAAUUGUUGUUCCACCUAUCUCAAACUUACCUGAAACGUGGGAUGAGUUCACCACACAAUUCCUUGCACAAUUUCAUUUACCAAUUUGUAUUUCGCAACAAGAAAACGAAACCAUUAAUGAAUUUGUGGUUUGUCUGCGCUCACUUUGGCUGGAACAAAAACCGGACGAAAAGGAAACUGAUUUUAUUAAACAUCUGUUAUGUAAAAUGAAACCUGAUAUGUUAGCAGUUAUGAACGCUAACCGUCCCCAAACCUUAUCUAACAUCAUAACAGAAGCUCAACAAGUGGAAGAAAUAUUAUAUUUACGGGAUAAAGAAGAGAGACGAUGUGCAAACGAACGAUCAAAACUAGCUGCCAAUACUCCAUUAUUAACAUUAAGUACAAACAACCAAUAUUCAGCGCGAAACACACCAAAUACCUCACCUUUUUCUUUCACACCCACUUGCUGGCGCUGUUAUGAAACCGGUCACUAUGCUAUAAUUUGCCCCCUAAACAAAACUCGUCGAACCUUUGAAGUAACAGACAACCUCCAACAGCCAUUACCACAACGUGCAAAGAAACAGCUAAGAAGUUUUCGUGAAGCGGGAACACAAAACUCCUAUCACCCAAACCCGCAAAGUCCUAAAAUGUCAUACGUAAAUACCAUAGACUCCUCCCACAAUCAUCCCCUUAUAAUCCACGGAAGGAUCGGUGCGUUACCGAUUACCUUCCUAGUUGAUACCAGCUUUACCCUAACUCUGAUCAAUUUACAAACCUUUAACUGCCUCAGUCCCAGACUCAUCCAAUCACGCUACAAGCCACCAUCGUCAAUCACUACACAUGGCCGAUCAUUCACCACUUACUAUAAAAUGGGUUAUAAAUUACAACAAAUAGAAAAACCCGACUUAUCAAAGUCAAUAUUAGAUGAACAUCAACAACAACAGCUGUCAAAAGUUCUGCAAGCAUUUCCUCAACUGUUUACUAAUACAUCAGGGCGUACAAACGUAAUAAAACACCAUAUUGAUAUACAACCUGGAAGCAGACCAUGUAACUCACCUCCUUAUCGUUACGCGCCAGCACGUCGAAAAAUUAUUAAAGAAGAACUUAGUAAAAUGUUAAAUGACGGUAUUAUAAUCCCGUCUAAAAAUUAUCGAAAACUCAAUAAUAUUACAAUACGGGAUGCUUAUCCAUUACCACGCAUUGAUGAUACCUUAGAUUCGUUACAACAAGCUCAGUUCUUCUCAAUGCUUGAUCUACGAUCCGAUUAUUGGCAAGUUGAGAUGGAUGAAAACAGCAAACCUAUUACUGCGUUUGUUACUCAUCGUGGUCUCUUGGAAUGCACAGUUAUGCCGUUUGGUCUUACAAACGCUCCGGCAACGUUUCAAAGAUUAAUGGAUAUUGUAUUAUCGGGACUUAAAUGGCAAUGUUGCUUGGUAUAUUUAGAUGAUAUCCUGUAUUUUCUGCAACGGCACCUCGUCACGCCAGAAGGCAUCAAACCAGAUCCUACACUGGUGGACACAGUGGUCGAAGCCAAACAACAAGUUACAAUCAGAGAUGUUCAAGCGUUUCUUGGACUCACCGGUUAUUAUCGACGUUUCAUUAAACACUGUGCACAAAUGUCAGAACCGCAUCUGAAAUUAUUAAGAUGUAAUCAAAACUCAACAUCAUGUUAUCUAAUACAAUGGAACGAUGAUUGUACCACAGUAUUUAAUACUUUAAAACAACGACUAGUAUCAUCACCUAUGAUGCAACUUCCAAACUUUUCUUAUCCUUUUAUACUGGAAUUAGACGCAUGUGAAUACGGUGUUGGACGCGUACUUACUCGAGAAUAUAACAAACACAAAUCUGUGAUUGCAUAUAUGCAAGCCAGACACUCAACGCAGUCUAAUGCCUGGCUCUCGUGA